ACGUCCGACGGUGUGCAUACCGCUCAGUGUGGCAAAAUCAGGCACAGUUUGUUGUUGGCGUUGGUGGUAUAGAUUUGGGUGUGAUGCGACGACUGCUGAAUACUGUAGGACGAUAGAAGAGCUUCCCUUUUCAUCAUGCCGGGUCUUCAGCAGAUGGCGGACAGCGACCCCAGCGCCGACAUACUGCAGAGGAUCAACGCCAUGCUGGACACGGGCUCCUCUGCAGACCCUCUGGACAUGCCGGUCGGAUCCCCGCCGCGGGAAGGCGACUCGGUGUCCAUCUCGGAGCUGCUGGGGCUACACCUGCCCCGGGGCACCCUGCCGCUGGGGACGCCCUCACACGGCGUGGGGCAGUACUCUCACCAGGGCCACCACACCCCCUGCCAGGAGGAGGCCGCGGCAGGCACGCCGCUGCGCGCGCUGCACCGCGCGGGGCCCGGCCCGGACCACGGCUUCCAGCUGCUGCAGCAGCAGCAGCAGCCCGUGUUCCGCGGCUCGCCGCCCUACAGCGACUGCGGCAGCCCCACCCUGCUGCAGGCCUACAGCUCGCGCACCAACUCGCCCGCCGACUCCGACACCAGCACCAGCGGCGUCAGCUCCUUCGACGGCAGCAUCAACGACCUCAUGAGCUGCCUGAGCCUGGGGCAGUCUCCCACGCAGCAUGGCCUCCUGGACUACGCUGCCUUCCUGGGGGCAUCACCCCUGUCGGCGGUGGACCAGGAGCUGGCGAACCUGCAGGCGCUGCAGGCGAUGUCGACCCCCGUGCACCCCGCCACCCUGCGAUACCUGCAGCAGCAGCAACAGCAACAACAGCUGCAACAACAGCAGCAGUUGCAGCAGCAACAACAGGUGAGCCUGCUGUCGUCGCUGCUGCAGUACCAGCAGCCGAUGGGCGUGCCCGGGGAGACGAAGCCGCGCAGCCCCUCCACGCCCCCGGCGCUGCCCCUCAUGGCCUCCCCGCCCCUCAAGCCGGACUCCAGCUCCCUGGAGCGCGCCGCCAGGUUCCACCGCAGCGCCGCGUCAUUGCACGAUGCCACGUGUACGUGGAGCGGGAACCUGCCGCCGAGAACCCCGAAGAAUUCCACUUACUCUUGUAAGGUGUUCCUGGGAGGCGUGCCGUGGGACAUCAACGAGGCGUCCCUCUCGGCGGCCUUCAAGCAGUUUGGGACGGUGCGGGUCGAGUGGCCGGGCAAGGAGCAGGCGGCGACACAGCCCAAGGGCUACGUCUACAUCAUCUUCGAGUCGGAGAAGCAGGUUAAAGCCCUUCUUCAGUGCUGCACGCACGACUUUUCCAACGGUGGGAACUGGUACUACAAGAUCUCCUCACGCAAGAUGAAGUCUAAAGAAGUGCAGGUGAUCCCGUGGCUGCUGAGCGACAGCAACUACGUCAAGUCCACGUCCCAGAAGCUGGACCCCCAGAAGACUGUGUUCGUGGGCGCCCUGCACGGCAUGCUGAAUGCCGAGGGCCUCGCCAAGAUCAUGAACGACCUCUUCGACGGAGUCGUCUACGCCGGUAUUGACACUGACAAGUACAAAUACCCCAUAGGGUCUGGCAGAGUGACUUUCAACAACCCCCGGUCCUACAUGAGGGCUGUCGCCGCAGCUUUCAUAGAGAUAAAAACUACUAAAUUCACUAAAAAGGUGCAGGUGGACCCCUACCUGGAGGACUCGCUCUGCUCCGCCUGCAACCUGCACCAGGGGCCCUACUUCUGCCGCGAGCUGUUCUGCUUCCGCUACUUCUGCCGCGGCUGCUGGCAGUGGCAGCACGCGGUGGAGGCGAUGCGCGGCCACAAGCCGCUCAUGCGCAACUCCAAGUCCUCGAGCCUCAUCGGCUUCGGGGGCGGCGGCAACGGGGGCGGCUCUCCGAACUAGGGGGGGCCCGUCGUCCCCCCUCGGUGUCCCUUCUGUUCGCUCCCGCGAUUGCUUUGCCGUUCCAUCCUCUCUCUCUCUCUUUUCGACCCUGGCGUCGCGUUUGUUCCCCCGGGGGCACGGAAUCUGGCAUUCCGGUGUGGCGAUACUUGUAGAAAUGCUGGACAUUUUGCUGGCGUGUCGAAGAGCGGUGACUUGUAUAGCUGGUUGAAAUUGAUGAUACUGUUGAUGAAAUAUUAAUUGAGUAUAAAUUAUGCAGCAUUUAUUUUCAAAAAAAAAUAUCUCACGACUUAGCUCUAUCAAUUGAAAAAAAAAAUAUAAUCAUACUGUUUGUAUUUUUACGGGUAAUAUAUCCAGCGUUAUUUCCAAGAUAGCUUUAAGGAAGUGUCUAGAAAAUUGUUCCUUUUUACGCAAUGCAUUCAACUUUAUCACAGCUAUUAAAUUUUAUAUAUUUUAUAACCUGCAAGCUCUAAAGAAAUGGGAUCCAGUUAUUAAUAUGUGAUGACUGACUGAGGAGAGGUAAGUUCAAGAGCUGGUUUUGGUGUUAUAGGUCUUAAAACAUUAAAUUUGUGUACUUUAAAUUUGAUUAAAGUUUCUAGACACUUCUUUUUUUUUGAAUAAUUUUAUGAUUUUAAAGAUAUAAUCCUGAAUACGUGCUGGAUUCCAGAUUCAUUUGUGUAGCCUGUGUAAAAUCUCCAAACACACAGUCGCUUAUUUAUAAAAUGUGAUGAAAUUGCUACACUGUCACAUUUUUCUUUGAGUGCAUUGUCUUAUCUUAUUUUAGAAUACAUUUUAAAUUUUUCCUGUUCCAUAUUGGUUACACAUUGUAUUGCACUGAUGGAUUAUUGAUCUCUAUGAACAGUGGUUUGGUAAAAUUUAAAUUACACUUGUUUUUAUUUUUAUUAUGUUACAUACAUUUUUAAGUUCAGUUUUAAGUUAUUCUUAUGAUGAUGUAAAUUGUAAAUAACAGGUUCAAGCGGGUUUUCUUAUGUGUAGCAAACUGAAAAGAUUACUCAGUUGUCAAUAAAAGAAAAUGCCACCGAACAUGGUCCAUAGUAAAGAAACCUUUUAUAAUAGCUAUAGUAAUACCUAUUUUAAACCGAAGGCAAGGCCGACCUUAGCUUUAAUAUGUUUGUCGCUGGCUGUUUGUAUAUUCCGAGCUGUGGUACUCUAGUGCUGGUACUGUGCCUUGAAGUAUGUAAUUGUUGAUUACGUAGAUGCUACAAAUGUACACAAACCAUUUUUUUUGUCGACAUCAGUAGAGUAGUUGAGUUUUUAAAUUUAGCUCGCGGAGACCAAGUGUUACGUUUAGUUACGACCAGAAAGACUGAAAUGAUUGUGUUCCUAUUGUUUUUUUUUUACAUUCCAUUGCUGCGUGCAGUGCGGAAGCAUCGUGUGACGUAGCCUGCUCGGAAGGGCUUCUGCGUGUGUGUAUUCUGGGGAGGGUGGUAGGGGUGGUGACCUGGUGUUCUGGACUGUCCAACAUUGACGAAAAUGGACUGGAACAUGGACUACUCUGAAGGAAGUAAAAAGUUAAAACUGUUUUUGUUUUUUUUUACAAGCUAAAAGGAAACAUAGUACAAUUUAUUUUUUUUUUUGUUUACGUUUAACUUCUGUUGAUGCUUAAAGAGAUUUUUAAAGUUAAAAUAUAUAUUAAAUUUUUUUUCAAA